AAACGUGUGAUUUGUGUUUAUAUCUAUCGACAGAAACAGAUACAAGUAGUACAACUUAACGCGACCUUCGUGUUGCAUUACUUUCAAACUUCUUUGUAUGAUAAGUCGAACUGUUAAACAAAAUUACAUCUUAUUUUAGUUUCUGUCACUGAUUUAUUUAACAAUGCUCUCAGUAGCUCGGGUUGUAUGGUGUCGAAUGAGAGGGUUAUACGUGAAUUCGAAAGGAUAUGACCUAAUGUUAGAUACAAUCUUGGAAUUUGCCAGGAGAUACUGAGUAAAAUGAUGAAAGACGUAAGUAAGGUCAGUCGGUGUCAUGGCCGAGACUCGAACCGGGCAUCUGCCAAAUAAAACUGGGGAGUGUUACCGCUGGAAGUAACUUGUUCGGUGUUAUAGGUACGUGGGUGGUGCCCGUUGUGGUGCUCUGUCCCUGGAUGUUGGCGCCGACGGCAGGUAUCGACAGCACCGCAAGUCAAGAGAUAGCCGACGCCUCAACAUCGUUCUCACUAGAGUUACUGAANGCGCUGGUGCACAGUAAGCCAGGUAACGUGUUGGUGUCUCCUGUGAGUGUGUCCAUUCUACUGGCCAUGCUGCAGCAAGGGUCCCUGGCACGAUCCAGAGACCAGCUAAGUUCAGUGCUACACGUACCACCUGACCGCGCGCGAGAGGGCUAUGGGCACAUCGUCAGGAGCCUCAAGAAGCGAAAGCCGAGCUCUCUGGUACUGGAGUUUGGCAACAAGAUAUACCUGAAAUCUGGCUUCGAGCUGGUGCCAGAGUAUAAGCAGACGCUGAUAAGAGACUUCUUAUCUGACAUUGAGACAACCGAUUUCCUGAAGCCGGAAGAAGCGGCCAAGCAAAUAAACUCCUGGGUGUCAUACGUCACUCACAACAGAGUACCUAGUAUACUUGAUCCAGAUGCAAUUUCAGCAAGAACGCAGAUGGUGUUAGUGAAUGGUAUAUUUCUGAAAGGUGCGUGGCUGACUCCCUUCAGAGUAGAGAACACUGAUGACAGGAGCUUCAGCCCGAGCCCUGGAGUAGAGAUUAAAGUUCCCAUCAUGCACCUCACCGGCAAGUUCAGGGCAGGAGAGGACCAGAACCUGGGUGCCAAGUGGGUCGAGUUACCUUUUGAUGGUGAAGAGUUCUCUAUGGUAUUGGUUCUACCAAAUGAAAAGCAUGGUUUGGAUAAACUGGUGUCUCAGAUGAAGUAUCAGCAUCUUUCUAACAUGCUGGGCACAAGGGGUACAAAGCAGGUCUACCUUGCACUGCCUCGCUUCAAACUGAGCACACAGAUGUCACUAGUUCCCAUACUGAAGGAGCUGGGCCUAAUGGAUAUAUUCACCAUUAAUUCAAACCUUGGAGGAAUCACAACUCAGAAUGCAACACUUACUGUGUCUGAUAUUGUGCACAAAGCAGAGCUUGAGGUCAAUGAGAAAGGAGGGACCGCUUCAGCAGCGACAGGGAUUCUCGUGGCAACUCUAAGUCUAUUAGUGAACCCAGAUGAGCUGGAGUUCAACGCUAACCACCCUUUCUUGGCGAUAAUCGUACACCGAGUGAAUUCUGUGCCCCUAUUUGCGGGUAGAGUGUCGGACCCCUUGGUGUCAUAGCCUUUACAUCAGGCGAACAGUAGACAGACAUGAGACAGAUGUGGGGCCAAUGUAAUUUCAGUGUGCUGAUUAAGUGAGGCUGGACUUACAGUGACUUCACGCACCGAUAUUUAAUUAAUUAUCAGAAUUAGGAAUCAAGAAAUAAAAUGAAGAGGUUGUGGGAAAAACUUGCGACCUUAACUUUUCCUUCAUAUGUUUGAAACUACCUACACAGAUAGAAGGAAUAUUAUUAUCAUCAUCAUCAUCAUCAUCAUCAUCAGGCAAAAAUGUGAUAUCUUUCUGCUGGGGCCACUGGAAGAGAUUACGUUGAUUUGGCGGACGCAAUACAGUAGGUUUGGUAGUUCUGCUUGAUGGAAGCAGAUACAGCUUUUGAACCUUCAUGCUAUUAUCUAAAGAUAAUGGAAAAUAUCUAACAUUUAUGCCAAAUUAAUAUCUCACAUACCCUUCCACCCACUCUGUCACAAUGCAGCUAUAACCAAUGCUCUGCUUCUUCUUGAUAUACUUUUCCUAUGCGAAGUCCAAGAGGUCUGGUCUGGAUACAUGACCUGUACCACCAUGAGAACAUCGGUUCAAUCCUAGGAGUUCAUACGGGAUUUCUGGUGAACAAAGAGGCAAUGGGAUAGGUUUCCUCUGAGUACUGCUGUUUUGCCUACCAAUUCACACUCCACCAUCUGCUGUAUUUCUCUCAGCUAUCAUCCAUGGCUGGUAUAAUGGGUUAUUUAAAGACCUAAGACACUCAAUUUCACUCCAUUCUUAGGUCAUAGAGUAAGUCAAGCAAGAAACAUUGAGCUCCUUCCAAACUACAUGGCGUCAAACUCAGUCUGCCAC